GCGGGAAGUUUGCUGCCGCGGGGUGCUCGGGGGGUCCUUACCGGAGCCACCAGAGCCAUCCUGUCCUGGUCGCCACGGAGGAGGAGGAAAAGAAGGGGAAGGCUUCACGGUCUCCAGCAAUCCCGCUACAUUUACCGAAGUCCCCAAAGAUGUGACAGUACGGGAGGGAGACGACAUCGAAAUGCCCUGCGCGUUCCGGGCUAGCGGAGCCACCUCAUAUUCGCUGGAGAUUCAGUGGUGGUACCUCAAGGAGCCGCCCCGGGAGCUGUUUCACGAGCUUGCGCUCAGCGUGCCCGGCUCCCGGAGCAAGGUAACAAAUAAGGAUGCAACUAAAAUCAGUACGGUGCGCGUCCAGGGCAAUGACAUUUCGCACCGACUGCGGCUGUCAGCCGUGCGGCGGCAGGAUGAAGGCGUGUACGAGUGCCGCGUGUCGGACUACAGCGACGACGACACGCAGGAGCACAAGGCCCAGGCUCUCCUGCGCGUGCUCUCGCGGUUCGCGCCGCCCAACAUGCAGGCCGCCGAGGCCGUGUCCCACAUUCAGAGCAGCGGUCCCCGUCGCCACGGCCCCGCCAACGCCAAUAAUGCGAUCUCAGCGGGCCGCGCCACUUCCGAGCCUGACCGCGGCGACAAAAGCCCGCCUCCCGGAAGCCCUUCCGCCAUCCCCGGUCCGCGAGUACUUGAGGCCGCCGCGGCGUCCACGGCCCACGCAGCCACCACCACCGUCACGGCCGCAGCCGCUGCUUCGUCAGCGUCGCCCCCACCCUACCAGGCGGUCCUUCUGCGCCAGAAGCACGGCUCGGGCACUUGCCCCAGCUAUGCCACAGACCCACUCCUGUCCCUGCUCCUGUUAGCUCUGCAUAAGCUCCUGCACCUUCUGGUGGGGCACUGACAGAUGGACGCGGCAUCCUGCACACCUCCACAGGCCACACGGCCAGCCUCAACCCUGGGCGAGGACCAUGUAGCCAGAUGGACAUGGAGAGACUGAGAGAAGCAUGACAAAGUCUUUGUGGAAAAUAAAUAAAUCAUAUUUUUGGGGAAGUUACACAAAUGUAGAAUACCUAAAAUAAUGCAUCUAGUUUCCAAAUAAGAUGAAGUUUGGACCAUGCAGUAUGUAUGGGAUCAAUAAUUUCUCUACUUCAAUGUAUUUUUCUUUGCUAAAGUUUUCCUCUGAGUCAUUUUGCACGAACUGGUGAGCAAUUAGCUUUAGGAUAGCAUAUACAAAUGUUGGGUCAAAGCCUUUCUGACAAAGCAAAAUAUUUUUAGUAGAUUAUUGUGGAAUUUUUUAAUUUACUUUUUUCUUUAGGGGCAUUCCUUUUUUUAAAUUGAAGUAAAUUAUUUCUUUUGA